AGCACAGCGGCGCUCAGAGAGAGUAACACGUUUCAGUGAGGCAGGCGGAGAAGCGGCAGCAUCCACGUACGCGGAGCCUCGGUGCGGGUCAGACGUUCACCGCAGAGCCCGCACUCCACUAACGUGACAGGAUUACUGCGCGGACACGUCCUCCCCGCUGAUGUUAUGAGCUUCUAACUCUGCUUUGUUUUUGUUUUCCUUGAUCUCUGUUGAUGCUGGAGGAGAAACGUCACUGCGGCUAACCAAUUCCCCUGCUCCAGAACUGGGAAUUUACAAUGAAACAUGUAAGGUGACACGUUUUAUUUCACCACGCUGGGAUCACAGAGGGAACCGAGCGAAGAAAACAAAGUGUGAAAACUGUGGAACCUGUGAUCAAACCAGAGUGAACGACCAGAUCGGGAACAUCUCAUUAUCAAGUGGGGGAAUUUUCCCAGCUCCCCUUCUUUCAACUUUCAAACUCCUGUUAUACAUUUCACUUUAUUCUUUUCUAUUUUCCCCCCUUUUUUCAUGGCCAGGAUGAAGGAUUCAGAGCUUUUUCUUUAUCUUCUUCUUUUUCUUUUCCAACGAGACCAAAAGCAGAUGCCAAACUGACUGUGUCAAAGAAAAGCAAAAAACAAUAUUUAAUGAAACUACAUUUCUCUACAUAAUCAUACAGUAUUUAGUCUUUCCAGCCUCAGAACCCGAUUUAUUUGCCAACGUGAACCUUUAAUGUCAUAUUAACAACUUAUUUACUCCUGACUGCUUAAUCUUUCAGUGUUUGCUGCUCUUAAUAUGAAAACUACGCGAUUUUCCUACCAAGACCAUAAUCAGUGCAUUAUUGGUUCAAAGUGCUUUAUAAACAGUUUGCAGAGUGACAGAGGAAGCGUGUGGUGAGAAGUGAUAAUUCUCUGACGGCGUCUGAAGGUUUUAUUUUAAAUCGGAGCGCCGUUUUGACUGACGGGUAACACAAGCCACGUUUGACCAGAUAAAUCCAAGCCCGCCAUCAUCACCGCCGUCGCUGCUGCUGCUAUCUCAAAGGCUUAGGCGUAUACUGUCCUCUCAGUCUGCGCUGUGAAACACUGUUGACACUUUGCCUAUCUCCUUCUUCCAGUUGCUUACAUUAGAAAGGCUUCUCAGUCAUUGUCGUCUCGUUUCUUCCAUUUUUUGAGCUUGAUUGCUGACGUGAAAUCCCCCUUUAUCAAGUCCCACUGAACUCUUCAGCAUUCCUAUUUUUAUUCAUGAAAAAACAUGCAAUUUAAAACCUUUCACUGUACUCAUGUUUGUACGUGAAAGAGAAAUAAUUUUAUAAGAAGGAAAAAGAAAAGAUCAUAACCUGAAGCCAUACCGAACACCAGCCAUACAGAUUAACCUUUACAUUUGCAAAGCUUCUCACAGUGUUUUAGAUUUUUGUUUUCUAACAAAGUGAUCUUCGUCAUAUUGGUGCACACACACAUUCAGGGAAUCCAUGAGGCAACAGCUCAUGAAGAAAGCCCAAAUUCGUAUGUUUGGAGGACAGAGGAUCUUGUAAGUUUGUAGUUUUUCUAACUGCUUUUUCAAGAAUUGUGCAAUCAGAUCGUCCGCGGCGUCAAAUCGUGGCAGCCACAGUGACCACGCCGAGUUCCCCGUCUGCGUCCCGUUUUCCUCUGCAUUGACGGAUGAAUCCAGACAGUUUCAUGUCUGUUCUGUGGGCAGAACCUCUCUGCCCUGCUAGAACCGGGCCCAAGCCCUCCUUUGUUCUCUUCUGUUGGGCCAAGCUAAACUCAGAGCAGAGACACUCGAGCAAGGGUAUCGAACGCACAUAAAGCUUUUUUUUUUUUUUUAAAGAAAAGUCUUCAGUUUUAAGUUCUCACCAGCUUCCAUUGACAUUCCAGUUUAAUGGACUGACCGUUUCCUUCCAGUAGCUGCUGGAAAAACUCUUUUUCUUGAAAGUCCUGAUGCUGCUCGAUGCUGUUCAUCUGCAGUAAAUUCAUUCAACAACAUCACAGUUUUUAAACCCCAGCAUUUAGACCAAACUCCCAAGCUUACAGACCUUUACUGAUUCCUCUAAGUUACUUAAUGGAGCUAAUUAUGGAAAUUGAUAGUGUCCUUAGAAGAUGUACAAACUGAAGAAUCUUGUGCCAAAUUCAAACUGAUUUUCUUUCAGCUUGUUAGCCAAACAAAGCUGAGAACUCUGAAGCUGCCAUCACUGUUGUUUACAGACACAUAGCCUGGAAUAAGAUUAUUUUCUUUCCAUGUCAGAUUAUUAUUAUUAUUUUUAAUUUACAACGGACAACAGAAGUGCCAAACUCCCGAAAGAAUAGAUCCAACAUCGGUUCGAGCGAUCUGAAGUUUACAUACAGCGCUAAAUGUUUACAAUCCACCGUUUCCAUAGCAAUUUGUUACGUGCCAAACCGAGCGUUCCCAUUGGUCAUUUUGUUAAGAGUUUACAGUUUUCCUCAAACUCUUCUCUUUUGUUUACAGUAAAUGUGUAAAUACUGCCAUUUAGAAAAGUUUUGAGUUUUGGCCAAGGGGAAUAAAUGCCACUCUGUCAGCUGACAGACCUAUACUAAUUAUUCAGAACCCAGUGCCAUUCAACACAGUCAUAUUGUGAAGUUAAAGUUGGCUGGUUUAUUAAACUGUUUUACAGGCAGUUUGUUUAGGGCCUAAAAUCUUUGAAAACCUCAAUGUUUACACAAGCUGCUUUUGGGAGGGAUUUCUAUCCAGAGAAAUGUUUACAUUCAGAUGAACGAGUGAAAUGCCAAACACAUUCAUAAAACAGCUGCUGAACUGCAUCUGAACUAACAACUGAAGUUGAAACAUUUUCAUCACAAAGGUUUUUAUAUUUCAGUCAGACGCCAUCUUGGAGUUGAACUCUGAUAAUUGAUUUCCUUUUCUAAAUCACGGCUGAAGAACUUUAUCCCAGAACAAUGAAGUCUACGCUUUCAAAGAGGAUGAUUUCCCUUUUUGUCAUCCUGUUGCUUUUCUCCUGCCUUCCUGUUUCCUCCCUGACCGUUACCGUGGAGCGGCGAGAUGCCGACGCCGACGGCAGGACGCUUGGCAGCAGCAGUGGCACCUCUGCUGGAAAAACGGGCAGCACCUUGUUCCUCCUGACCGGCUACAAGUCAAACCCCCGUGGCGGAUCCAAAGUGCCACCGAAAGCGGCUGAGAUGAAGGACGAUGACGAACCGGCGGCGAUGGCUGAGCUCCCACCGAAGCCCCUCCCACAGAGGAUGUUUCCACGGAACGCUACGGAAAACCCACUGAAGCCUCCGCUCAGUGGGGCCCAGGUGGCCCCGCCACUGGUGGAUAAUGGAGAAGUUUGCAGGGGUUACUAUGACGUCAUGGGGCACUUUGACAACACGUUCAACUGCUCCAAGGGCACGUAUCGCUACUGCUGUGGUACCUGCCAAUACCGGUUCUGCUGUGAGCACCGGAGGAACCGACUGGACCAGGAGUCCUGCAAAAACUACAUUUCCCCUGUGUGGGCUGACCCGCAGGCCCCCGUCAGCGUGCCUGCUGCCAACAAGCCCGAUCCUGACUUCGAGACGCUGCAGCAGCAGAGCAGCAGUACGGGUUACGUGAUCGGAGGGGUGAUAUCCUUCACGCUGGUGGUGGCUGUGGGCGUCAGGGUCGCCUUCAGCAAGGUGGCACGUCGACCCCGCAACAGAGAUGUCAACAUGCCCAGAUCCCUGGUGGACAUUUUGCGUCACCAAUCGAGCCCCGUGCAGCAGGGAGACAGGAAUAACGCUGCCGUGCUGACCGCCACCACAUCCGACGGCCGCACAUCCAAAAACCUGUACACCCCCGUCCUGCAGUUGAAAGACAACCGCACUGGGAACUUGCACCACCCUUUUAACCAGCAGGGGUCUGCCUCCAGCCCCAAACACUCUGCUACCAUCGAGCGCGGACCUCGUUUGAACAACACCUCCCAGCUGUCGUCUGGGCCCAGCCUGAUUUCAGGAAGUGGUAAAGGUACGGGAGGGGUCGGCAUCCACACCGGGAGCAUGAGACACAACAGCAGCCACCCGUCUUUCUCCCACUCCUUCCACAACCUGGCGCAGCUGCCCCCGUCCUACGAGGCGGUGAUGAAACCAGAACUCAGCCGCUACAGCUCCCUGAAAAAACUGGAGAAAGAACUUGAUGAAUACUCGGGUUAUUACAGCAACAAACGUCGCUCCAACAACGCUCCACCCUCCUUCCACUCCUCGCAGCACCACCUGCCCUGGGGGGGCGACUACACACUGGGAUCUAGGGGCACCCUGCCCCUCCAUGGAUCCCGUCCACACCUCCACAUCCCCACCUCCACCCCAAACCCGUACCCACUUCCCUCCCAGACGCCCUACACCAGCUCCACCUUUGACAGGCCGCCUCGCCGCGUCCGCUCCCAGGACCAGCUGCUGGCCUUCGGGGAGGGAAACACCCUGUCCCGCCUGAACAAGAACCAGCAGCACCAGUACUAUAAAGCCAUGAUGAAUACCAAUAGGAGCUCCACGUCACAGACGCUCCGCAGGUCUCAUGAGCGUCUCCUCAUCUCUCCGGACCGUCUGGAGGAUCGCCUGAUGACGAUGGGUCUGCCGAUGGGAACGAUGGAGAGAGGGGGGGGGAGCGGGAUGGUUCCCACCAUGGGCCGACUGAGCCACCACCAAAAGGCCCAGUCGCAGCAGAACAUCUGUGCCACGCCGUCCAUGGACCGCCACCACAUGAUCAAGAUGAACUCCCACCCGACAUCAGGCCACGACCACGAGCGCGGCUCCACAGCUGUGCCCGUGAUGGGGAUGCACGGCGGCUGGGACUCCCACGGGGGCCAUAGCGGAGGAGGAGCGGGGAUAAUCGGAGGCCAGCCCAGCGCCCGACGCAUGGCUUUUGCCAACAAAAGGCAGAACACCAUCGAACAGCUUCACUUCAUCCCCGGAGGCGGAGGAGGGCAGGGAUUGCGGACUGGAAGUAAGAACGAGGUGACGGUGUGAGAGAAGGAGAGGAGAAGGACAGGUGAAGAAUGAGGAGAGGAACCAAUCAGCGGAAGAAUAAAGAAUUGAGAUGAAGAAGAAACAGAAAUGAGUUUAACCCCAGCUGGCUGCUCAACCUUUAAAAAAAAUUCUCCCCAAAAAACAAUGGUUGAUGACACCAUUCAUGUUAGUAAAGCCAACCGAUAUUCCUCUUGUCACUUUAUGUUUUGAAAAAGAGAAUAUUCAGCCAUUCUUCGCAAAAGGAAGGAAAAAAAAAUCCUCAUAAAAAGAGCAAAAAAUGCAACUCAGAGGCUGCUGGGUAUUCGCUGUGACUUUUAUUGAAGGAUAUCCACUGAGUUGUUGAGUAGUCCUUGAGUUUUAUUGCACUGUCCUCCGAGUCCUCGAGUGCUCUGGCAGAAAUUCAUCUGUCGUUGAAUCCACUGUGGAUGGUGAAGAGCACCGAGCCUGGAGAGGGACAGGUUUGCUUGUUGUUGUAUUUAUAACAAUAUUUAGAACCAAACAAGUUACUUUUGUAUGAAAAUAACUCGAUAUUGAUUACAUUAACAUGACUGAGCCCUGUAGGAUUUUGUGUAUACUUAGUUAAACACGUAUUUAUCCUCAAAGCCAGCCGGUUUGUAACUUAAAGGCUGGAUUAGACGAUCAUCGCUUUCUGUAGUUGUGAUUGGACUAUUAAUGUAAAACUGCUGAAUCACUCGAGCCAAGUGCAGUUAACUGUCAUCUGACAACAACUGACAACAACUUUACAGCUUCAGUAAUUCAAGACUAGAAAUUUAGAAAUAAAAACAACACAGUCGACUCAUGCUGCUGCCACAAAGGCCCAGUCACACCAGCACUUCACAACAAAACAACAAAAUCAAGCCAGUGUCCCAAAUAAAUACUUCACCUUUUUAAUAAAUCAAGUCUCACGUCAAAAAGUAAAAUAUCAGUUGUCUGAAAAAUUUUAAUAGGUUUUUCUGCCAUGUUUAUUUUAUGUUCAUUAUGUUUCAUUCUCUUCUUGUUUCCAAUAAAUCUCAGUCACAUGAUUAAGAUGCACGGAUCAUAAUUUGACCGGCUAGUGCCAAUUCACAGUUUUUGUUUCAUUCUCACAGUUUUCAUGUUCAAUUUCGGGACUUUAACAAAUGGAAGAUAAUUUUAUGUAGACUUUUUUUAAAUUUAACAAUUACAUGUAACAAAUAGAAAACAUGUUACACGUAGUAGUUUUUACUCCAAAUGAAAAAUACAAGAUGAUCCUCAAUUAUACUAAUCAAAUCUUUCCCUAAAUUUUAUCUAAUGUUUGCAUGUUGUAUGUUGAUGCAUUCAUGAGCCCAAGAACUGAGUUUUUAAUUUUGCUGUAUUUAAUUGAACAGGAUAAAAACAUGUUUAGAAUAUCAUAUGACAACCUUUGUGUCUUUUAGACUAAAAGUAAAUUAUAGAAAAUUACUUUAAAUCACCACUGGUCAAAGCAGGUAUGCAUCAACUCCUAAAAGACGUAUGAAAUCACGCAAAAAAAUCAUUUGUUGGACAUGUUUUCUUUUAAUCGCAAAAAGUCGGGUGUAAAGUGAGCUGUAAAAGUUACAUAAGUGUAAAAUGAUCAAUAUCCACCUCACAUUGUUCUUCCUUUCGUAUUAUGUUUUUUAAAAUGUAAGCAAUACUGGCACCUAUUGGUCCAGUCUGGGAUUUCUUUUCUUUCUUUUUUUUGAUAAAGUAAAUUUCUUAUUUGGACUGAGAAUUUUAAAAAAGCUCUUUAAAAAAAACGUUUUUUUCCGCAACAUAUCAAGUGAAAUACUUGUAGCAGCAUAGAUGGAGUCUGAAAUUAUUACAGGUACUUAAACAAAUUCAGUGAUGCCUGUGUGACUGGGCCCUGAAAUUACCAUUCAGUAUGUAACCAUGUUUUAAGCUAACUUAAAGCCUUGUACAGUGGAUUCUAGUGAGUGUACGACAUUUAUGAAACGUAAUAGUGAGAAUGUUUUGAAUUAGACCUCUCAUUAAAAGGAACCGAUCUGUGAAUAAACAUCCCCCGGACAUGUUUCAAACUUUUCACAAGUAACUUGUAAAGUCGAGGGCUUCUUUUUGCAGUGCACUGGCAUAGAACAGACCCUCCCGUUCGUCCGAGACGCCACACGCUUCCUGCAAGUUCAGCUGCUCACCUCGCACCAAGGGAAGGAAGGCAGACGGGUUCGAGGCGGGGGAACAAUGGACACUUCACACUAAGGGCUAAACUGAAUUUAUCUUUGUGUGUCUGUGCUCUAAACAGUGUCUGCGUCUCAUUUUCAUCUCUUGUAUCUGUCGGGAGGCAUGCUCGUGCUUAUUUUCACAGAUUUCUUCACGUGUAAAGAGAAAAGAAACAUGCAGGGGAUUUCUGCAAAAAAAACUUUGUGUAAAAAUAUAAUUUUGUUGAAUAUUGCUAUGGGGGAGGAAGCUUUCCAUAAAGAUGUCAUAUUUUUGGAUUUUUGUUUGUUUCUCUGCCGAUAAGAUGGACCUUCUGGCCAUACUGGCUGGGUUUCUUUUUCAUAGUGAAGUUAUACUUUGAUAAAGACUGAUACCACUGAUUGAGUGAUGCUUCCUGCCAGCCACUUGUAGUGUUCUAUGUUAUGUUCUCAUGUGUUAACGGUUUGAUUUUAAAAGGAAAAAAAAAAAGAAGAAAAACCUGACCUCCCCAAAUGAGAAAGUGAGCACUCUUAUCAUGAUCUCUUCUUUUAAACAUGUAUUUAUUUUUUUAAUCUCUGUGAAUUUUAAUGUAUAUGCCUGAAAGAAAUUUCAAUUUUACAACUUUUUAGUAGAGUUGAAAAAAAAAAACUCAUAAAAACAAAAGCAAAACCGUUGUAAUCACGGGAACAAAAAAGAGCCGAUGCAAUCAUGGAGAAAAGACGGACCGCAUGAUGAUGUCAGCAGCCAGUGUUAGAGAUGUCAUACUGCUGACUUACGAUGUCAUGGCGUGUAUGUACCUAAUUGCACAUGCAUCUGUUUAAAAUUUACGUACCCGUGUGUUAGAAUCCCUGUCAUUUUUGUUAUAGGAAUGCUGACACUCAUUUUGACUGAAAUCGAUCACGAAGAUGAUACUUCGAUCCAAAAUACAAUUGUUGUUCAUAUCAGCCUGCUUGUGCUUUUUUUGGUCUUCCGUUUUUGUCCCUUUUAAUGUCACUGUUUUUUAAGAGGGACAUUGAUCACUCCCACCCCUUCAAUUUGAGCUGUGUUCACCAAAGCAAGGACUUUUUAAACAUUUCAAAAUGUACAUUUUUAAAGACUUAUAUGGUGAUAAGUAAUGGCAGUUAUAGGGACCUGUAAUAGCCGAGUGCAUUGAUUUAUCGCAUGGUUCAUCAGUUUGUCGCUGAUGUUUGACAGAUUAGGUUUUUAAUGCAGCUUCUUCCUACGUGCUCAUUUUUACAGAAUUUUAAGGGCAUAGAAGUUUGAAAAAAAAGUUGCAGUUCUUGCAGGGGGAUCAGACCUAAUUUAAAUGUUUUUAAGCAACAACUGCUGUCACUGAAAAGAAUAUGUUGUGUCUUGCCUUAGUUGCUUUUUAAAAAAACUGAGAGUAAAAAUCAAUGAAAUAUGAAUUCAAUCUUUUGAUGUCUCACUCAUUUCUCCUCAUAAUUUCAAAGGUUGUUUACUGUUGUACUCCAUGUUGAGUUAACAGUUCCCCUGAUGAAGCUGUGUGCCUGUAUCUAUGUGUGAGUGUGUUAACCACAUGGGGGGAGGGGAGGCAUGGGCAUAUUUGUAUUCUCAAAGCUACUCUGCAUACCUCAAACUGUAUGAUAAAUUAUUUAGAACAUUCCCUUAUAUGUCUAUUUCCAAGAAUAUCCCAACAACGGUCUCACAGAUGUGCAACCCUUUUGUUAUUGGUGAGAAAUUCUUGCAUUUGUAGAAAUCAUACUGUUUAAAUGAUAAUAAAAAAUUAUCCAACUGAA